AUGGGCUCCUGCUUCUCCUCAGAAGCCGGAACCGGAGACUUACAAAACGACAGAUCCGCCCGUCUAAAAACAACCCGGAUAGACAAACAACUCGAAGAAGAUGCGCGGAAACUACGAAAGGAGUGUAAAAUCCUACUCCUCGGAUCCGGGGAAUCAGGAAAGAGCACAAUCGUCAAACAAAUGAAGAUUAUCCACCAAAAUGGGUUCUCGCAGACUGAGCUACUUUUCUAUCGGCCGCAGAUUUAUCGGAAUUUGCUUGAUAGCGCAAGGACGUUGAUUGCUGCGUUACAGGAGAAUGAAUUACUACCCGCACCCCUCCCUCUUGACCUAGCGGAGGCAUCCGCGAAGAUUGAUGGAGCAAUGGUUAACGAAGACUACAAGAGCGUGUUGGACGCGAGCAUCGUGAGGGCGUGCGAGAAGAUAUGGGCGUAUCCCGCGACGAAACGAAUGGUCGAGGAUCCAGCGUUAUUCCACACCUUCUACCUCAUGGAUUCCGCCGAAUACUUCUUCGAGGCAGCAGGCCGGAUAUCGAGCCCCGAUUACUGUCCGACCGAGUCUGAUGUCUUGAGAGCGAGGACUAAAACAACAGGUAUUUUCGAAACGCGAUUUACCUCCGGCAACCUCCAAAUCCACAUGUUCGACGUCGGCGGUCAGCGCUCUGAACGCAAAAAAUGGAUCCACUGCUUCGAAGCGGUGACCUCCAUCAUCUUCUGCGUCGCACUCUCCGAAUACGACCAAGUCCUCCUCGAAGAGAGUGGGCAAAAUAGGAUGGAGGAAAGUUUGGUGUUGUGGGAGAGUGUGGUUAAUUCCAGGUGGUUUGUGAGGACGAGUGUUGUGUUGUUUCUGAAUAAGGUGGAUUUGUUUAAGGGGAAGUUGGGGAGGGUCCCGUUGGGGGAGUAUUUUCCCGAGUAUGAAGGUGGCCCAGAUCCAUCGAAAGCGGCUAAAUUCAUCCUAUACAAGUUUACGAAACUGAAUCGAGCUGGGUUGAAGGUGUAUCCACAUCUUACGCAAGCGACUGAUACGGGGAAUAUUCGGUUGGUGUUCGCGGCGGUUAAGGAGACAAUUUUGCAGAAUGCGUUACAGGAUAGUGGAAUCCUAUAA